UGCUGGUGUUUGACAGUUGUCUUUGAUCAAGCGCGGUGAAUACUACGUACUUAAAUAAAUAACAUCAUGUUUAAAAUAGUACUAUGCGACAUUUACUCAACAACUGGCAUUAUGCUGCUACUUCUCUUUGUUAUGCUAUGUGCCUUGAGUGAGAGUGUGAGAUAUCGAGCGAAAUUUACCUUCUUCAUAGUAGCAAGUGCGUUGGCCGCGGGAUUAUGGAUACCGUUUAUGCUAUUCCGAGUUGGCAGUUGGAAAAACGCGUUAGUGCCGGCCAGAUGCGUGGUAACAAUAGCAAAGAUCAUUGGAAUACAUUUCCAUUUUCGCGGUAAGGAGAAUAUUGUUAAAGAUUCGGGCUGCAUCGUGCUCAUCAACCACCAGAGUUCAUUAGAUCUUUGCGUUUUAGGUGAACUAUGGUUGGCGAUGGAUAAUUGCACCGUUAUUUCGAGGAAGGAGAUUUUGUAUCUUGGACCAUUCGGGCUCGCGUGUUGGCUUUGGGGAACGUUAUUCAUUGAUAGAAAAAAUGUAGCAGAAUCGUCCCAGAUUAUUAAUGCUACAGCGGAAUCGAUUCGUCUGGCGAAGCGGAGGCUUCUUCUAUUUCCUGAGGGACACCGCCAUUCAGGUAAUUCAUUGCUUCCUUUUAAGAAAGGUGCUUUUCAUGUCGCGAUCGAAUCUCAAAUGCCGAUUCAACCCGUUAUUGUGUCAAAAUAUUACUUCCUGGAUGGCAAAUUAAAAAGAUUUUAUUCAGGAAGUAGUUAUAUUACUGUUCUACCGCCUAUUCCUACCGUGGGUAUGACCAAAGACGAUCUUCCAAAGCUCAUGGAGCAAGCGUAUAAAAUUAUGAAUAAAACUUUUAUGGAAUCGUCGACGGAGUGUCUCGAGAAACAGACAUGAAGUGUGAAUGAUAGGAGUAACAAAAAACAAUUAGCAUAACUAACUCGUGAUAUAAAUUCUAAUCGAUAGGAAAAAUCGUGACUGACUAAUUUGCAGAUUGCAAAUUCGCAAAGAUUGACUUUAUUGUGUUACUAAUUAUUGUGGAUGCAUGUAGUUUCUACCUAGAUAGAAUACAAAGUCAUAAUGAUGUCUCAUAUUUCAUUUGCCGCUUAUAAGUGAAGUUAGAGACGUCUUUAGGAUAUCUUUAUGACUUCUGUGUUCUAUCUGGAUGUGCCAUAACAUAUACAAUGUACGUAUCAGCUGAGAGAAAGCUUCUUUAAUUCAUUAAGAUUCAUUUAGAUCUUUACAUAUAUGUAUAUACAGGAUGUCCCGCAAUUUUUCGCAACGAGAUAUUAAUUUCCAUUUCGAAAAUCGAUUAUCAAUAGAUGGUGAAUCGCACUCUGAAAAUUUUUGCGUUAUAUUCCAAAAAACAUCGAAAAAAAAGUGUGGUUACCUUUUUGUCCAUGACCUCUUAUUUUCAUUUUUACGUAAAAAUGAAUUUUUAGUACAA